AGGAGCUAGAGUGGUGGGUUCCGCACCUUUGAGAGUGCACUGUAACAGGAGGAGGGGGCCGUGCUUGUGUGUGGCGUGGAUAGAGUACAUUUCCCGGAUGGAGUUCCGACGCCAUCUUUAGAGCAAAGCUACCGGUAGAGUGGGAACUCCGUGCUGCUGUUGCUCCGUCAGGAAUCCUCGGUCGAGAUUCUCUCCCGUCUCUGAGCCUCUUUACCUCCGCCCGCUGAAGAUCGUCAACCUUAGGCCUGUACAACAUGGCAGACCGAGAGCACCUAGUAUAUCAGGCAAAACUUGCCGAACAAGCGGAGAGAUACGACGAAAUGGUGGAGUCCAUGAAGAACGUGGCGCGCAUGGAUACAGAGCUGACCGUGGAGGAGCGGAACCUGCUGUCUGUGGCCUACAAGAACGUCAUCGGUGCCAGGAGAGCGUCCUGGAGGAUAAUCAGCAGCAUCGAACAGAAGGAAGAGAACAAGGGAGGAGAAGACAAACUAAAGAUGAUCCGAGAAUACAGGCAAACGGUUGAGAAAGAACUGAAAUCAAUUUGUAACGACAUUCUGGAUGUACUGGACAAGCACCUCAUUCCUGCUGCAGGCUCGGGAGAGUCUAAGGUUUUCUACUACAAAAUGAAGGGUGACUACCACAGGUACCUGGCGGAGUUUGCCACAGGGAACGACAGGAAGGAAGCGGCGGAGAACAGUUUGGUCGCGUACAAAGCCGCCAGUGAUAUCGCCAUGAGCGAGCUGGCGCCAACACACCCCAUUCGCCUGGGGCUCGCCCUCAACUUCUCCGUAUUUUACUAUGAAAUCCUCAACUCCCCUGACCGCGCAUGCAGGUUGGCGAAAGCGGCCUUUGAUGAUGCGAUUGCAGAACUGGAUACACUGAGUGAGGAGAGCUACAAGGACUCCACGCUCAUCAUGCAGCUGCUCCGUGACAACCUGACACUAUGGACGUCCGACAUGCAGGGAGACGAUUCCUAAGGACAAACCCCCUCCAUUCCCUCUUAGAACUGUACUUUGUGAAGAACAGAAUAAAGAAGCACUGCAAGAUGCGGAGGAGGAGACUCAGUGAGACUUCACGGCCAAUACGCAACCCACCUGCCCCUGUCCCAAUCUCUUUGUCUUUCUUGCGCUCUCUCGCUCUUCUUUCACUCUCUCUUGGUCUUCUCUCUUGACCCCCACCCCACCCCACCCCACCCCUCAGGUUCUCCAGUUGGCACGAGAGCCCCACAGCCAGCCAGCCUCCCCCACCCCCACCCCCCUUCGACGUCUCAUCUUCUCUCUGUUUCUCUCUCAGUUUGUCCGUCUGUCUUCUUUCUUUUGAUUUUUGUUUUUGCAACCUGCACCCCCAAGAUACCCAUUUUUGUUUGUUUUUAUUUUCUUUGCUACAGGUUUUACAUUUUAUUUUUAAUUUUUUUUUGCUACAGUUUCACUGGGAUGCAUACUUGCAUUGAAACUCAUGUAAUAGCCCACCUACUGAAGGGUAAAACGUAUCUGUUCCCCCAAGGUUUUGUUAACUACCUGUUGUAAAAAAAAAAUAUUUUGUUGUCAAAUCUGUGGUACUGGAUCAUCAAGCAGAUGUUCUUGCAGGCAAAGCGUUAAAGUGAUUAAAGACAUUGGUAGAUUUAAUCAUUGACACAUAUGCAUCUUCUGAUUUUGUGUUCAAUUCGAGCAUUCGGUGGAAAAUGGUUUGGACUGGUGCUUGUCAUAUUUGUUUUCUGUAAGGGACACUGGCUUUAAGAAGUACCUUCUGUCCAUGCACUGCGUGAUGGUGUUGUAGGAAGCAGGAAUGCUAGUAUAUGGCGUUUAGCUUGGUGUCUCUGCUUCUAGUCUUUUAACCCUUAAAAGGCUAGAGGUGAGCUUGUGUACUUUCCCUUCUUCCUACAAAAAGAAGAGACAGACACACCAUGCUUUCUUUUAAAAAUGCAGUAGAUACCAUUUUUUUUAAACUCCUAGCUUUUGAUGUCUAGCUUAAUGUCACCUCAUGCAGCUUGCAGUGGGCUGCACAGGAGAGCUUGUGCUUUUUAUAGUUUUUGGAAACAAAUUUGCGGGCUACUCAAAAGAUAUUGUCUUCAUGAACUCUGAAAUAAAGCAGUCUUGCUUUGUUUGAAACAAA